AUGGAGAACAAAAAUUUUUCCCAAAACAUAUUUUAUAAAGGGUUUAACGAAAGGAGAGUGAAUUACCUGAACGUUAAUGCAAAUACAGACUUCGAAAACGCACACAGUGUGAAUGUUUCCUCAGGAGUGACUCCUCUUAAAAACACCAACGAAGAAAACAGUCUGUUAAAAAUGAAUGCUCAGAAAGUGAGUGAUUCCAGACAGGCAGGGAAUACGAAGAUCAAUCAAGGCGAAUUCGUGGGUAAAAUUCAAAGCCACGUAAACCUUAACAACAUGCACUCCAACGCGCCUUAUGCGAACGGGGGGCUCUUAUACGUGGACAAUAAAAUGGGUGGAGGGAAUGUAAACAGUCACAUAUAUAGCAACAUGGGGACCGCCCCGUCAGGUCUGAACCCCGCCGACGGGAGUGCACGCAAGAAUAUUUUCAAUCAAGGGAUCUACCCCGAUGUGAAAGGUUUCGAUAGAGUGGACGCGAAUCGGAUGAAUAUGAACACGUUUAGCAACAGCAGGAAUGUUCCCAUGAAAAGCGGUGAGUACAUUUUCUCCGGGGCGCAACAGCAUUUGGGGUAUAUGGACUCCAAGGAGGUAAGCGGCAAGGGGGGUCCCCCGGUUGGCGGAAGCCGCGUGGGGAGUAACCCCAUUUCCGGGGGGAACGUAUUCGGGGGGCACAUUUUAGGAACACGCGGGAAGGAGAACCAAAUGGGUGCAUACCUAGUUAAUCCGGUCAGUGGUGGUGGGCCCAUGCCAACGUCGGGGAAGAGCGCAGCGGCGUAUGAGGGCGGCCACUCCGAGGCCAAUCGCGUGGAUAGCAUGAUGAAAGACGGCCUCUUUGGCAGCAUGUACCGCACGAUUCAGGGUGGCACAAACGCAAACGUGAAUACUAACAGCGCAGCAGUGGGAAAUGCGCAAAGCAGCUUAUCCAACUUUAUUAAUGGAGGAAUGGCCAGGAACAACCCCCCCGUCAGUGAUACAGCCAUGAACCAAGUACCCUUCCAGACACCCGAUAAUCUGAGCAACACCAAGAACCCAAAUUUGAAAAUAUUCGACAACCAGGGAAAUAAAUUGAAAGACGUAGAUGCGUCGAACAUGUCGACAAACCUGAGUCAGUUGAAUCAGUUGGGUCAGCUGAGACAGAAAAUCUCCUUCAGUAAUUUUACCAACACGGUGAGUAGCCAUCACCACCGGGUGAAUAACAACCAGAGCUUCAACCAUAUAGGUAACUUUGGCAACGGAAUGAAUAAGCUGGACACGUUUAACGUUCCACCUGCACAGGGGUCCAACAGUAUGAAUAAAGGGACAAUAUUGAACAGCACCCUACUGACUGGUACACUUAAUAGCAACGGAAUGAGCAUUCCAGGGAUGAACCUGUCCAACGGGGGCAACCUUCCUAGCUAUGGAAAACAUAGCAUGACUAACCCGUUAAGUGGGAAUGCCCUCGGAAUGGAAGGGGGAGGAAGUCACUUCGCCCCGAUGGGCCACGACAGCAACCAGGGUAACAUUUCAGACACUCAUCUGGCGGGUAUCCCAAUGGCCAACGCGCCCAACAGUGGAAAUCUUAUUAGCGUGGGGAACGCCCAUAAGGGAAUCUCCGAGGGGCACCUAAAAAGCAGGGGAAACCUAAUCAAUUAUGGAUACCUUCACAACAAGGGGAAGGUGGGUGAGGUUAUUGGUAUGGGAACGGAUGGGACGAACUCCAAUUAUGGCGGCAUGAAUUUAUUUGGUGGAGGAGUCCCCCAUGCGAACGGACUGCAUUAUGUAAACUCCAUGGGUGGGCCAAUCAAUUUGAAAAGCAAUUCAGAGAAGGUAGACUUGCAGAGAGAAGGAACCGUGUUGAAAGGGGGAGUGCCUGACGGGGGUAGCGCACUCACGCGUGGCGCCAAUCAGUGCACCGUUACCCAAACGGCCCCAAACAACAACGUAAUCAGCACAGACAACUACGCCAACCUUCUGAAGCAUCUUUGUACGCCCAUUAAAAGUAGACUGGCCAGCAAUACAACGGAUAGAUUGAACAGUGGCAAUAUUGGUGAGUACGCCAACCAGGAGGGGAAGUUCCCUGGGGAAGGUGCCAAGGGGGGUAACAUUUCCGCAGUGCAUGAGAGCGUGGAGGUGGACAUGUUCGUGGGUAGCGGGGCCUUCAAGGGGAGUACGGACGAGGGGAAAGCACAGGAAAGUACCAAUCUUGGUAACAUCCCCGGUGCAGUCGAUUUUAAUGGAGACGCCGAUAUUGUGCGUAAGGAUCCGUUGGACAACAUCACCAGUAUGGGCAACGCGGUUACUAAUAUCGGGGGGGGUGUGCCCAGCUGGGGCCACGUGUACGACUUGAAGAAGAUGAAUCGAUUCGCCGAGAAGAAGCGGAGGGAUGAGGAGACAGCGGAGGUGGGAUGCACAAACAGCGAAGGUAACGGCCAGGAUGGUCAAGACCAGACGCACGGUGACAACCACAACAGCGACCUGCACCACGAGGGGAAGAACAAGCCGACCAGGAGCAACAGGAACAACAGAAGAAGCAAGAGCAAGACGAAGGUCUUCUUCUACCUCAACCCCAAGUAUAUCAUCGAGCCUUUGAAGAGGAAAAUAUACCAGAACAUGUCCCUCUAUAUCGAGAAUUUAAUAAGUGACGUUCAAGUCAGUGAGAAUAAGAACCGAGGGGAAAUAUUGGCUGACCUGCACAACACCCCCUGGUUCUGUAUGGUCUUCGACUUUGAUGGGAUUAGCAAACUACUGAACGUGUUUAAUAAGUACUUGAUUUAUUCGGACUCGCUGAUCAUCCCCGAUGUGCUGAUCGGGAGGAAGAUGGAAGGGGAAAACACAUCCAAUGUAUUCACUUCGAAACCGGUCGGUGAAAACCAACAGGGCGAAGAACACAAUUAUGAUCCCACACAGAAGGCGCAAGGAACGUUUCAUCACUAUUUCAAGAAAAGUGAAAAACUGAAUUUGAUAAAUAAAAAAAUAAAUGAGUAUGAACAUAGCAUAAUAGAAAGUGCAGAAAAGUUGUCCUACCUGAAGGAACUGUGUACGUCCAUAAAGGGACAAAUAGAUACAAAGAAAAAAAAACUUCUUCUCCUCAUGGAGAGUGCUAAGCUAAAAUUGUUUGCAUACAAAAGCAAGGAACUUCAAACGAUUCUCGACAUAGAAAAGAAGUCUGAAUUUGUCACCAAAGAAGAGGAACAGAUUAACCUAACGGAGGAAUAUUAUGAUAUGUUUAAGAAGAUCAAUGAUGGGUUACAUUUUUUGAAAAAAUACUCCAACGUGGUAAUUUCUACGCAGAGUAUGCAUGAGGAAAUUACUCACGAGGAGGAGAACAAGCACCUGUGCCAAUCUUCGGUCUCCACGGAAGAUCUAAGCUGCGAAAAUAAUUUGAACGGACACGAUAACGAUGGUGACGAAUGUGACGAUGAAGACGAUGCCGAUGGUGAUGACGAUGAUGAGUAUGAGGAGGAAGAAGAACAUGCCGACCAACACAGUGGCGAAGGAAACUACCCACGGAAUGACCACAUCAGCAACAUGCACAUGUCCCCGGGGAAACGAAAGAAAAGGAGAAAAAAAAGAAACGGCCAUGAGGUCCUCCUGCAGAGGAAGAAUCCAACCCACGAUGAGUUCGAUGAUAAAGCCGACAAGGAAGUGAACAAGAAGCGCAAAACUGUGAACCAGAUUAAAAACCUGCAGUGGGAGAAGGAGGACAACGAGGAGUGGGUGGACGAAUUCUUGGAGGACUUCUAA